AUGACCGGCGAGGAAAGACCGCUGGGCGUGACACCGCCUAUCUCAUUGGCUCUCCCCACUGAAGCAGAAAACCAUGCGAUGCAAACCCUCAUCGACGAGCUUCGAAGGCAGAACACGUUCGAGAGCCCCACAGACACUGAAAAGAGGCAAGCACUAUCGGAAACGGUUCUCGAGCAUCUUGCACGGAUUUGCGACGAAUUCGUCAAACGCGUGGCCCGAAAGCGGGAGGAAGGCAACGAUGCCCUCAUCAGAGAUGCCAGGGGCAAGAUCUUCACCUAUGGUAGCUACCGCUUGGGCGUGUAUGGUCCUGGCUCCGAUAUCGAUACCCUCGUUGUCGCCCCAAAGUAUGUCACCCGCGCCGACUACUUCGAAAUCUUUCCGGACCUACUCAAAGAAAUGGCCCCUCCUGGCGCCAUUACAGACAUGGCCGUUGUUGCCGACGCUUUUGUGCCCAUCAUCAAAUUCGAGUUUUCCGGUAUUAGCAUUGAUUUAAUCUUCUCUCGCAUUGCCAUGCUUAAGCAACUGCCCAAGGACUUUAACGUCCAGGAUUCCGGCCUGUUACGGGGCCUUGACGAAGCAGAGUUGCGAUCCCUCAAUGGUACUCGGGUGACGGACGAGAUCCUGAGCUUGGUUCCCGAGCAAGCCACCUUCAAGCUGGCUUUGCGCGCUAUCAAACUUUGGGCACAACGACGUGCUAUUUAUGCCAACAUCAUGGGAUUCCCCGGAGGCGUGGCAUGGGCCAUGUUAGUUGCCCGUGUCUGCCAAUUGUAUCCGAAAGCUGCAAGCUCCGUCAUUGUCAAUAAAUUUUUCCACAUCAUGCGCCGCUGGCCGUGGCCGCAACCGGUGCUUCUUAAGCAUGUCGAGGGUGGUCCUCUCCAGGUCCGCGUUUGGAAUCCCAAGCUGUACAAAGGAGAUCAAUUUCAUCUCAUGCCCGUCAUUACCCCCGCAUAUCCCUCUAUGUGUGCCACGUACAAUAUCACGCGAUCAGCUAUGACGGUCAUCCAACAAGAGCUCCAAAGAGGAUGCGACAUUACAGACGCCAUCAUGUUGGGCAGGAGCCCAUGGAGUGACCUGUUCGUUAAACACACUUUUUUCACACAGGGCUACAAGUAUUACAUCUCUGUCAUCACUUCUAGCACUGAUAAGGAAGCCCACAAGGUCUGGUCGGGCUAUGUGGAAUCCAAGGUGCGUGUCUUGGUUCAAGGUCUGGAGCAGCAUCAAUCAAUAGCGCUGGCCCAUGCGUUCAACAAGGGCUACGAACGCCGACACAGGUGUAAGAACGAGGAAGAAGUUCACCAAGUCCAGGCUGGGAACAUGUCCUUCCUGGUCAGAGAUGACGAGGAUCAUGACACAAGUCCGGCGAAGGAUAAGAUCGAGACGAAAGCAGAACUAAGCAGCAUCCCCGGGUUGAAGCCGGACCCGGACCCUGUUCCUACACUCAAAACUGAGCCCUCAGACACGAUAACAGAGGUUAAGGAGGAGGGCGGUUCGUCUGCCACCAUGCAAGAGACUCCAUUCGCCCCUGUUGUAAAGACGGAACUGGGGAACAAAACGGCCCCACCAAUCGAGGUGUUUACCACCACGCACUACAUAGGGCUGACGCUCAGCGAAGGCGCGAAAUCGCUCGACUUGUCAUAUCAAGUUGAAAACUUUAAGACGCUGUGUACAACAUGGGAAAAGUACGAGUCCACGUUGAACUGCUUAGCUGUUCAACAUGUGCGAAGCUUCAACCUUCCCGACGAUGUCUUCGAGCCGGGUGAGAAAAAGCCCCAGAGGCCUCAAAAGAGACAGGCGAAUGCAAACGGCGCAGCACAGAUCAAGAAACGAAGUGCUUCAGAGGACAACUCACAGCCGCCCGCAAAACGUCAACAAGCUUCCGUUACGGCUGCGGGUUGA